AUGGCCACUGAAACAACAGCAACAACGCCGACGCAGCACGAAGGAACCCAAGUAGGUUGCGGGGCAUGGUCGGAUGGCAGUCGAAAGCGGUUUAGUGAGAUCCUACAACAAGACAGCUGGUAUGUUGCAGAAUCUGAUUCCGAAGAUGUGGCACAGGCGGAGAGGGAAGAGGAUGAUGUUGAGGAUGGGAAGGACUUUGAUCGGCUAUGCCCGUCUGCUUUGUUCACGGCAGCUGAAAAAGCAAGAUGGAGGAGAGAGUGGAGGUCGGCCUUAGUAGUUAAAGGAUUGGGACACAGAGUAUCAUAUGUACCAUUAUCCCGCAGAUUGAAUUAUCUAUGGGCAAGGCACGGCGAGCUGCAGAUAUCGGAUUUGAAGAACGCCUGGUUCCUUGUCCGAUUUCGUCGAAGGGAGGAUUAUGAAAUUGCUAUUAAUGGUGGACCAUGGCUACUUGGAGAAACCUAUCUGACUGUAAUGAGGUGGUAUAAGGGGUUUAACCCAUGGAAAUCGAUGGUGAGGUCAACCCUGGUUUGGGUGCAGCUUCCGGACUUGCCCAUCGGAUUCAUUCAUAAGGAAGCAGCAAUGAGGAUCGGAGGACUAAUUGGGACGCCGGUGAAGGUUGAUAGAGCAACUGAGCUGGGGGCACGAGGAAACUUCGCUAGAGUUUGCGUGGAGGUUGACCUAACAAGACCGUUGCUGGCAAGGUACAAAGUGGAGGGGACAGAGUACCUGAUACAAUAUGAAGGACUUGAUCACAUUUGUACUGAAUGUGGUCAGUACGGAAAGUCAACAGCGAACUGCCCGUGUCGAGAACCGGUCGAAGAAAAGGUAGAGGAAAUGGUUGAAAUAGUCCCAGAAACUGUGGAAGAGAUGAAGCCAAAAGGACCUAUAUAUGACGACUGGAUGAUGGUAAAAAGAAAAGAGCGGCGACCGAAUAGAAGAGGACAACAAUAUGGCCCAAAGAGUGACAAAGGAAAAUAUAUCCAGGAACAGAGAGGGGAGCAGAAUCGAUUCUCAGUGUUGAAUGACGAAGCCCCUAAUGAGAAACCUACAGGAAAUGUUCAUAAUGAAGAAAUAAGGGAGGAGCCAUUAUAG